GUACACCCCAAGGUCAUAUUAAUGCCUUGUUGCAUCCCACAUCUUGUCGACUGGAGAUAUGAUACCCAGAUAGAUAUUUUCCUCAUCGUCUUUCGAUCAGAUCCACAGCAAUCCAGCGGCACUCUCUCUCUCUCUCUCUCUCGCACGCCAUUGCGUUGACCCCAACAAGUAUACAAUAGACUGGUGCGGAACCCAAAGCAGGCGCGCCAUGGAUUAUUCUGAGACCUAAUCUCAAUUUGGUACGGAGGCCUGACCAUCUGGAUUUGGUUCCUUGCUUCAGUUUGCGUGCUGUUCAUGAAUGCAGAGGCCUGUGCAGGGGACCACCUCCUUCCUCAACUUUUACGCCCAUUUAAGAUGGACAGACAGGUUCCUGGACGCUGAAGCCAAGCUCGAGGAUGCACACAUUGGCCGACUCAGACAGAGAAAGAGACUGUCAUAGAUUUGGCAUUUAUACCUCCCUAUCAAUCACUGGUUCGACUUCGGGCUUGAAUGGCAAUGCAGAAGAAGGGCCAUCCUUCGGAUGUGCUUAAGUAGAGGAUCUCACAGUUUUCCGCCACGGGGAACUGCUUCUAUCAUUGCCGGAUCAUACACAGACCUGCGAUCAAACACCUGCAGGACAUUGUCGUCAAACAAGACUUCCCACUGGGCAUGCGAUGGGAUGAUGAGCGCAUACGAUCCAUUAAAUGAAGCCCAUGGGCCGCCAGCCGCGUGCCGCGACUAUUUGUCCGAGCCGCCGAACAGGAGACAGGAAGCACCGCGAGUCGUCGUCCGACACGCACACGACUUUUCGGCUUCCUGAAUGAAUCCCUUGCGUGUCACGCAGGGGCGUGAAGUGGCUCGGCUUGACCGAGCCAACAACUCUUCUCGAGGUCGCAAACGCACCGAAGCCCCGUUCGCAACGCCUGACUCCAUAUUUGUUGGUGGCUGCACCGCCCCAUGACAAGAAAUCCUCAUUAGAUACUGCUUUGCUGCUGCUCUCGACCCUCAUCAUCCAUGGAAACAUUGUGUUGUGCAUGCCAUGGAAGCAACAGCAGAAGCAGCGGCAUUCUCUCCCCUACUAACCUUUUCCCUCUGCCGCUCUCUCCCUCUCUUCUUUCCUGCUCUGUAUACUAGCCUUGCAUGCCCGCGCUAGGCACGCUUCGCUGCUACCCGCAUCCUGUCCCCACUCAGAGAGAUCUGCUUUGUCUUUCUCCUCUCCUCUUCGCUCUUCUCCUGAGGAGCCCGGUGACCUGUCUCUCUCUAUCUUACUCUGUAUCUUCCUUUCUCCAGUUCAAGAUUUCUUUGGUGUGCGCUGAUCCUUCUCGGUGAGCUCUGGAAUCCGGUUUGGGGUGGUCGAGUCGUGAUCAUGGGCCCCGUUAGAGGGUUCAAGAAGAGGAAGAGGGGGAAGACAAACGUAGCGGCCUCCGCGUCGACGGCGGCGGGGCAGGGUGGCGAUGAUUGGUGGGUUGACUUCUCAAGAAGGAUUACAGGACACUUAUCUGAAGAACCAAGAAAAUUUGAGUCGGUUUUCAAGAUAUCAAGGAAAACAUUCGACUACAUAUGCUCAUUGGUCAGGGAUGACUUGAUGGGAAAAACAUCAAAUUUUGCUUUUGCGGAUGGCAAAUUUCUGUCUGUAGAAGAUCAAGUUGCUGUUGCUUUGAGAAGAUUAAGCUCUGGUGAGUCACUAUUGAAUGUUGGAGUAUCAUUUGGGAUGAACCAGUCAACUGUCGCCCAAGUGACAUGGCGGUUUGUGGAAGUUAUGGAAGAGAGAGCUCUCCACCAUCUCAAAUGGCCAGCCACUCAAGAGAUGAAAGACAUUAAGUCCAAGUUUGAAAAGAUCUGGGGUUUGCCAAACUGUUGUGGUGUCAUUGAUGCAACCCACAUUAUGAUGUGCCUAUCUACAGUAGACUCUUCCAGUAAAAUAUGGGUUGACCAUGAGAAUAACCACAGCAUGGUGUUGCAGGCUAUCAUUGACCCUGAUAUGAGGUUCCGAGAUAUAGUCACCGGCUGGCCCGGGAGCAUGAAUGAGUUGCCAGUGUUACGCAGCUCAGGCUUCUUUAAAAUGUGUGAGAAAGGCGCAAGGCUGGAUGGAGACACGGUGGAGCUUCCCAAAGGUUUAGAAUUGAGGGAGUACAUAAUUGGAGACUCAGACUUCCCCCUUCUUCCAUGGCUUCUCACUCCCUACCAGGGGAAGGAUCUUUCGGAUGCGAAAACCGAGUUCAAUAAAAGACUUUCUGCGGCCGGGGUGGUGGCACAGAGGGCAUUGGCAAGGCUGAAGGCUAUGUGGAAGAUCAUUCAGGGGGUGAUGUGGAGACCCGACAAACAUAGACUGCCAAGAAUAAUUCUCGUCUGCUGCUUGCUGCAGAACAUAAUAAUUGACUUGGAUGAUGAAGUGAGGCAUGAGAUGCCCUGGUCUCAUGAACAUGACACAAGUUACAAGCAGCAACUCUGCGACAUGGCCGACAAUAAUGGAGUCACACUACGAGAUCAAUUGUCCCAGUAUCUGUCUUGUAGAUUGCCACCUUGAGGUGAACGUUGAACUGCUUUCUUUCUCUCUGACCGUAUGCCCAACAAAGGGUAUUGAUAGACGUCUAUCGAACAGCGUUUGUUUUUCUUU